UGUUUAGAUUUUACUGCUUCCUGAGUCUUCACUUUAACUAGUAUUGGCAGCUGAUUAUUUUAUUGAAUUCAUAAUGAAGGUCCUCACGAUUCUUCUAAGUUUUUUAUUUUUAAUGAAAAGUCAUGGAGCAUUUAUUAAUAAAUCAGAUAAUGACGAAUAUGAUCGUUUCUUAAGAGGCACAAAAGAACUUAAAGAAGAUACCAAUACUAACUGGACGGUAGAAUACCUGGCCGACUAUUAUGGGUACCCCGUAGAAAGUCACACCGUCAUAACUUCAGAUGGAUAUAAUUUAACAAUGCACAGAAUUCCCGGUGGUAGAAAUAGCGAGAAAAAAAAUGGCAAAGUUGCAUUCCUUCAACAUGGGCUUUUAAGCUCUUCAGCUGACUGGAUAUUAGUAGGCCCCGGCAAAUCCCUGGGUCUUAUGCUGGCGGAUGAAGGAUAUGAUGUUUGGCUAGGAAAUGCCAGAGGAAAUACCUGGAGUGCAAAUCAUGUGAGUUUAAAUAGCAGUGAUCCAGAGUUCUGGCAAUUCUCAUGGCAUCAAAUUGGAACUUAUGAUUUGCCUGCUAUGAUUGACUAUGUUUUAGAACGAACGGGAGUAUCUCAGGUGUAUUAUGUUGGUCACUCGCAAGGCACAACUGUAUAUUACGUUAUGUUAUCCAUGCAUCCAGAGUAUAACAGUAAAAUUAAAGUUGGAAUAUCACUUGCCCCCAUUGCAUAUAUGAAGCACCUAACAGGACCUCUUAUUCGUGUAAUUGCAGGCUUUACGAAUCAGUUAGAUGACCUAGCGGACCUUAUUGGAUGGAAUGAGAUCACGCCGACGAACGAUUUUUUUAAGUAUAUAGUAGGAGAUAAACUAUGUAUACAGAAUGAAAUAACUCAAUUGCUUUGCGAAAAUAUUAUAUUUGCCCUUUGUGGAUUUGACUACAACCAGUUCAAUGUGACUCUUAUACCGAUGAUGUUUAAAUAUCUUCCUGCUGGUUCUUCUACUAAGCAACUUAUACAUUAUGGCCAGGAAAUUAAUUCUGGAUAUUUCCGACAGUACGACUACGGUCUUACAGAAAAUAUGCAGCGUUAUAACAGCCUUUUCCCUCCAAGCUUCAAUUUAUCCAAUAUAGUCGCACCAACUUACUUAUUUUAUAGCGCCAAUGAUUGGAUGGCAGCGGAAAAGGAUGUGGCGCGUUUGUGUGAAGAAUUGGGUGGUGCUUGUAAAGGAAAAAUACUUACCAGCGAUUACCAGUUUAACCAUUUAGACUUUAUCUAUGGAAUUGAUACUGCUAAGUUAAUUAAUAAUAAGGUUAUAAGUUUGUUUGCAAGACAAUAAAAAACUCACGACAUAAA